UCUCUCUCUCCACCCCGUCUCAGGCGGCGUGGAAUCCUGGCUGUGUUUAAUUGCCGAGUGGCAAGAUCUGAGGGAAAGAUCGGGAGCCGCUGCGUCUGUCAUCGCUUUACGAGCCCCAACCCCGGGAGAGAGAGACGGGGAAGGUGUAGGAAGGAAGUGUUUGGAGUUUGGGAACGGGUGAGCUGGGGGAUUUUUACGCAGUGGGGAGGUGAAGAAAGAGGUGAAACGCUGAAGUAAGACUUGGAGGAAAAAAAAAAAAAAAAAAAGAGGGAGGGAGGGAAAGAGAAGAGGCCCACCGUUGGAGAAAGGGCAACGGGAGGGAAAAGUGGGAAAACAAGAGUAAGUUAGAAAAAGGAGGAAGGAAGGAAGGGGGAGGUGAGCGAAAAGUUAGAGAGGGAGACAAACACAGUGAGCGAGAGCAGACGCAGAUGAGAAAAACAGACGCCGUGGAUGGCCUGGGUGGAGAGAGAACCAGUUGUUUUCUAAGUCGCCUUUCGGACUGGAAUGCACUCAGAGAAUUUGAGAUUCCCGACGCCUUACUGCCAACUUUGCUUGCGACGCACGCCGGGCCCCGCAGACGGAUCAUGCCUGCGUUUGGAGUCCGGAGUGGCCCCGUUCCCAAAGGAGCUGGGGAUGGAGCGAGCGGGGAGGACUGAAGCGUCUCCGCUUUACGCAGAGGAGCUCCAGCAUCCGUGCUACAGGUGGGACUCGGCUUGCGUCCGGGAGAUCCGGCGGGAAUGUGGAUGCAUCCAUCGGUGGUAUUACCCGGAGCUGCUGCAUCCCUUCACCGGCGACCAUGUUUCAAAGGUCAGAGGUCACCGCUGCUACUCAUCCUACAUUCCGGAAUGGGACAGCGUUCAUCAGCCUGAAUAUAACGGACAUUGCGAGAGGAGACGGGUGUCGUUCCGGAGUCACGAGGAGCGCCCGGAGACUGGCAGACAAUCGCACUGUAACGGGUCGAACUCCAAUCAGGCGGGUUUUUUCCCAACCGAGGUGCCCUUGAGCAAGCUGGGCCGCUCCAGGACAUUUGGCAAUGGGCUGCAGGUGAACGGACCGCACCAGGAUAUAAGGACGUCUCGGGGGGAAGAGGGUCUGGAGAAACAUGGCAAGCAGAAGAAGAACCAGGGAACAGUGCGGGAACAGAUCAAACAAGUGGUCACAGAGCUCGAGGAAGUGCUGGGUGGUCUCAAACAGGUCCAGUUGGAGAUGAAAGAGGUUGUCCAACAAAUCGACAUUCUGACGUCCAAUAUUGACCUUGGUGAAGACGAAUCAAGACUACCCAAUGGACUCUCCCAAGAUGCCACCAAAAGCAGUCGGACUGGUGUUGUGGCGUUGAUUCACAAUUCAAACAGCGAAGAGGACAUGUCCACUUCCAAUUCCUCUCUGGCUCAGAGCCCUGUCACUGUGGAUUUAGUUCACAUCAACAGUCCUUCGCCGUUGAGAAACUGCACAAGUCCGUCCCCUCCUGAGCAACGAUCCAUUACUGUUGAGGAUAAAGGCAAACAGGCUGUGAAACAGAGUUCAGAGACUCAGAGGACUCAAAGGACGGCCAAUGGAAACUGCCUACCGCAUCGAACGACAAGGAAAAGCCAACUGGAAAACCACAGGCCCCCUGUAGCUCCAGCAGCGUGCACUAACUCAAAUAAAACCCACCGGCCUCCACCUUACCCUCAAAAUGGACAGGUGAAGACGAGGACGCCCCCUUAUCCUGGAAAACAUAAGAUGCUCUCCUCCACCGUAGUGGACUGAUGCCGCACAACCCAGCCGACUCAGACCGGAGGACGGAGAACCCCCGGGCCGAAGGGCAGUGACUGUGUUUCCCAUGGAAAACGCCAGAAGCAUCUCAAAGCCCUAUUUCUUUCUCACACCCCUGCUGAAAGAAAAACCCUAGCUCGGACCAACCCAACGUCUCCAGAUGGCUCCGUUUUACUAGCGUAGCUUGACGUAUUUCCGAUUGAAAGGAAGCACGUGAGACAUGUGGUUGGGCCGAGAGAGAUUUGGGACGCCGGCUCAGUGGGAAAGUCGUUUUCGGAGGCGGAGCAAGUCGUUUACUUUCGUUGAAAGAGUAUGAAAACGAGCAUUAAAAAAAACGAGAAUGUGAAUUGAGAAAGUAAACGGGGUCAUGUUUUGUUAAUGUUUUGCCACGGCACGGCAGUUUUCUUGCUCUUAGCCUGUGUAUAUUUGGUCUACCUGUUUCUUUUGGCAGAUAUAUGCAUUGGAAAUGGAAAUCGGGCCAAAAAUAUUGAUCUUGUUUGCUGAGAUAUGCAUAGACUAGACCUAGCCCUUAAUCCUGAUGCUUAGCAACAGAAAAAAAAUCACCUUAGCAACCGCACAGCAAAUGUUCUCGCAUCAUACCACCCUAGCAACCGUUGAAAACACUCAGAAUAAUCAACUUAAUUGAAAUAAAUUGUUAUAUUUAAAAUUGCUAAACUGAAUUAUAAACGUCUUUUUGUGAUGUUUAUUAUAAAAAAAAAACAUAUUGUUUAGUUAUAUGUGUAUUUUAUCUGAUAGAACACACAUCUAAUACAACCAAAUUAAGUAUGACAAUUUAUAUUAAUGAAAUAGAUAACAACUUGACAUUUACAUAAAUGCACUCGGACGUUUCUCAAUGAUUAAAAGUUCAAGAAACGAUCGACUUAAACCGUAAUCAGCAACAGCAAGUUACAAAAGACGCCUGUGUGUUUGAUUGCACUAAUGCUCAUAUUUAUUUCCUUCUCCAAACAUUUAGUAGGAAGCGACUGGAAUUCAUUCAAGCGUUUUCUGUCCAUUAAGCGUGUUCUUGCGGGGCCCGUUGCACAAACCAGUUCCCGGUUCGGUGGGAAGUGCGUCAGCGCAGGAAAGAAAACGGAGCUCGUCGAAGCACAUCAUGGGACUUUAGCUGCUUUAGAUGGACACUCAAAGGCCCACGCGGGGUUAAACUGGUUGUUUCUGAAGGUAGACCGGUGUAGUAGCACGAAGGGUCCUAAAGCAUGCAUUACACUAUUGGGGCUGACUGAACUAGUUUAGCUGGUCGAAGCUGUUUUGGGUCGUUUCAGUAGGAUCUCUCUCACUAGCUGUGCUGGGUAAACCUUUUGGACCUAGCUGCCCUUUCUAACUAACCUGUGACCUGAUAUCUGUGCGAUUCUCCUUUAAAGGGAACAAGGAAUAAGCUGCUUUAGGUUGGAAAUGAUGACUUUGCAAUAGGGCUCUUGGAUUUAUGCAAACACUGACUAACCAGCUAACAAAAAUACCUUACUUCUGUUACAUGAACCCAUUUUUCUUGGUUGGACGUAAGCGUCGAGGCAAUAUUCCAUUUUAGAAUUUUGCUCACAUGAUGUUACUUUUUAACGUUCUCUGAACGUUUCGAGACAAGUUUAAAGAACAUUUUGCAUUAAGUGCUUGGUUGUUGACGACUUUGAGAGAACCUUAGCGCAACGUUCCUUGUUAGCUGGGUAGACAGACUAAAUGCCAAAAAUGAGGAAGGGUUUUAUUAACGUUUUUAUUUGUACUGCUAUGUUAUUCAGACCAAAGAUUGAAAAGAUAUUCGUUCAGGGAGGCUAAAGGAUCUGUAAUUAUGUUAAGCUAAAGCUAACGAACAUUAACAUCGCCUCAAAGGCAGCUCAUAGAACCACUAUAAAGAGGUAUACAGCUGAUAUCUGCUAGAGUGUACACUUCUGAAUUCAGCUCGAUGGAUCCUAACACAGUGAUGCAGCUGUGGACUGGAAUUAUUUAAUCAGUAUUUAAAGCCAGAGUAAGGCAUCUUUAUAGACCGUUGCAAUCGUGUAGUGGCAUUUUCACUCUGUGGCCAAUAGAGGGCGUCAAUGACACGUGAAUGUCUUAUAAAUGUGUACAGCUCAAAUGAAAUAAAACAUCAAAUGUGUAAAUUACGUUCUCUGCGAGUUGUGAUUUUGCAAGCAGAACAAAAUUUGAUCAUUUCUAGACAUUUCAGAUCUUUUUAAACGGGAAUGCUAAAUAUUAGGAUAUAGGCUACAUUGGAG